AUGGCCUCCGGAACAAACGUCCAACUAGACAAGAAUACUCCAGAGUCAACAUGGAAGGAGGUGCUUAGCACCGAACAGUACCGAAUCCUGAGGCAGAAGGGGACAGAACCUGCUGGGAGUGGCGAGUAUAACAAGUUCAAAGCGGAGGGUGACUACAACUGUGCAGGCUGCGGCACUCCUCUCUACACGUCAGAGACCAAGUUUGACUCCGGCUGCGGCUGGCCGGCAUUCUAUGCGGAGAUCCCAGGCGCCGUAGACCGCCAUGUGGACAAUGCAUAUGGCAUGCGCAGAGUGGAGAUCACCUGUGCCAAGUGUGGUGGCCACCUGGGGCAUGUCUUUGAGGGAGAGGGAUUCCCCAACCCCACAGACCAGAGGCAUUGCGUCAACAGCCGUUCCAUCAAGUUCCAGUCAAAGGAGUAA